AUGUCAGCGAGCCCCCGGAAGUCGAUUGACAGCCUAGCCUCGGGCGCAUCGACUCCUUCUUUAUCACACUACUCGUUCAACCAAAUUGAAUCUCCCCGCGGCUCGUCUCACCGAUACCCCCUGAGGAGAGGGUCGACCGCCAGCUCGAUUGUGAGCAUCGGCGGAGUCCUCGAUCCUUCCAAUCGACAUGGAGCGAUAGCGGAAUCGGGACAAAAUGCCAUUUCUACGCUUCUUCAACCUCCGAUUGUCCGCACCGGCCUCGUCCCUCAUUCUCCAGCCGCGGCUGGAGGCUACAAACCUCCGAGCACUCGCGAUAUCCCUCCCGUCCCCUUGACGAAUAUCCCCCAUGUCGAUCGUAAAGCCUUCGAACCGUACUUGAGCCAAGUGGGGUCGUUGUAUGAGGUCUUCCAGGAAGCAAAGGAGAGCAACGAGCAGGAAUCACAACUAGCGCGGGCAGGCAAAACUACACCGAGGGCGGACGAGCAGGACACCCUGAGUCCGAGGACUUUCGAACGUCGGUUAUCUGGAGUCUCAACCCACUCCCGUUCAACCUCUCCAUACUCGACAGGCCGGAAGAGGUCGUCGAACCGCGGCCGUACACCCGCAGUGACCCCCUUGUCAACAAUUCCGCCGGUCUACUUUGAGGAUGACUUUCAUCUCGAGAACCCCCGAACGUUUGAUGUGGUAUCGGAGAGAUCUGAGGUUGUCACACCUCCCAAAGCACCGAGCAAAGACAACAAGGUGGACAUUAUUGAGCCAGCGCCGACUGGGAGGAAGGCACUCGCAACGAAUGCGAUCCUGCAGGAGAAGCUGUCUUGGUACAUGGAUACCGUGGAGAUCCACCUGAUAUCGUCUAUAUCGACAGCCUCCAAAUCGUUCUUUACCGCUCUCGGAUCGCUACGUGAAUUGCACGCCGAAGCUGCCGAUUCAGUCAAGCGGAUCCAGGUGCUGCGGAAGGACCUCCAAAAGAUCGACAAGGAAAUGGCUCUGGGGGGCUUGAAGAUUGUGAAUCUGCGACGCCGAAGAGAAAAUGUUCGCAUGCUUUCUGAUGCCGUCGCUCAGCUUCGGGACGUCGUCCAAUCCGUUACCCGGUGCGAGGAGUUGGCCGAGGAUGGAAAUAUCGAGGAAGCAGCAGAUGGCUUAGAGAAGGUUGAAAAGUUGAUGGCGGGAGACUACACUCCAGAUCAGCCGGAAGGCGAACAGCGGAGGACUGUUGAUUUACGCAGACUCAAGGCGUUGGAGGGUGCAUCGAACGAACUCGACCGAUUGAGGUAUCAGAUCGGCACAGGCUAUGAGAAUCGCUUCUUAAACGAGCUUCUCGGUGAUUUGAGGCGGCACGUUGACAACGCACCGUUGACAGCGACAGUGCAGAGAUGGGGCUAUUCAUUCUCGCGGCAGCGCGGCAGUCAGCGAUCUAGUGUUGCCGAACCACCGGCGUAUAUGUCCAUCGACGAAAGGUUCCGAUCUCAGCUACGCUUGCAUCUUACUGGACUCGCUCGCGUGCAUCAUACCACAACGGCCGCGACUGCGUUCAAAACUGCCAUUCUGCGAGAAAUGAAGAGCUUGAUUCGCAGACACAUGCCGAGCAGCAAUGACGACGACAACGAGUCCAUGGUAUCAGUUUCUACCCAUCGGUCUCACCAGCUUAGCUCGCAGGAGAAGUCGUCUAUCCUUGCUCGCAACCUCCGCGCCAUGGACGCGGAAGACUCAUACAACAUGCUCGCCCAGGUGUAUACUGGUGUCAGCGAGUCAUUACGCAGGCUAAGUGUCCAAGUCAAGGUCCUUCUUGACAUAGCCAGUGGAUUGGGAAGCUUUCAAAGCCCAAAGUCUCCCAUUGGAAAUGGUCCGCGGGACUUAUCGCAUGCAGCUCAAGACGAGAUCCUCCAGGUCUUGGACAUGUCGAGUCUGCUUGGCCAAGCGGUGGACAUUGCUCAGUCUCAGGCGACCAAAGUGUUGAAAGUCCGUUCUGAACAGACGGCUAACCUGUCGAAAGAAGAUUUCGUCAAGUACUUUACCCUGAACCGACUUUUUGCGGAUGAAUGUGAGGCGAUCUCUGGUCGAGGCGGCACUGCGUUCAAGACCGCCGUUGGCAAUCAGAUCCGUGACUUUAUCAACCGGUUUGGCAACGACCAACGGCACCGCAUCGUGCAGGUCAUGGAUUCUGACCGUUGGGACGCAAAAGACUUUGGUGAAGCCGAGUCGGAGAUCCUGGACCGCAUCUUGGGUGCCAGCACCAAAGAUAUCAAUCUCUGGGUUAACGCCUCUAAGAUAUGGGUGAUUCAGGAGCGAAAGCCAUCAGAUUCGACUGCAGUCAAUGGGACAAAGGAGAAGGAAAAGACGCGAACAGCAGUAAUUGACGAGCAAAAGUACAUUCUUUCCGACUCGGCAAUGGCGAUGAUGAGGAGCAUUGAAGAGUAUCAGUUUUUGAUGGCAAACAUACCCAACAUGAUACCCGACAUCUCCUCUGGUCUUUUAGAGUCACUGAAGCUAUUCAAUUCGCGGUCGUCACAGCUGAUUCUAGGCGCGGGGGCUACCAGGAGCGCUGGCCUGAAGAACAUCACCACCAAACACCUCGCUCUAUCGUCGCAGGCUUUGAGCUUCAUCAUCGCGCUGGUCCCGUAUAUCAGAGAGUUUGUCCGCCGGCACUCGCCGCCUAGUUCUUUGAUGGCCGAUUUCGACAAGGUGAAGCGACUAUACCAAGAACACCAGUCCGGAAUUCACGAAAAGCUUGUGGAUAUCAUGGGCUCUCGGUCGUCCAUUCAUGUCAACGCGAUGCGACAGGUCGAUUGGGAUACCAGCUCGCGACCUGCUGGCGUUAGCCCGUAUAUGGAGACCCUGACCAAGGAGACGGGGACACUGCACCGUGUGUUGAGCAAACACCUGCCGGAAAUGACCGUCAUGAUGAUCAUGGACCCGGUGUUUAACAGCUACCGAGAUCAGUGGACCCGAGCGUUCGAUGAAGCUCAAAUCAAGACGGAAGCCGGAAAGCAGAGGCUACGCCGCGACGCAGAACACUUCCAAGCAAAACUGAGCAAGAUAGACGGAUUUGGAGACUUGGGAGAACGUCUGUUAGAAUUGGUCGACCGGAAGACGAUAGAAGCGCCAGCGCAGGAGCCACCAAACGGCUCUCCCAAACAGGGUUCUCCUCAAACCCCUGCACAAGACGAGGCUAAGGCCUGA